AUGAAACGUCUUGCAUCAUCUCAAGUGAUAGAGAGAGCAUACAGAUCCAUCAUUAAACCUGGCUCCGAGAGAGGAAAGUUCACCAAGGAAAUGAUAUUGGGAUUACCCUCGACACCAAUUAUGAGCCCAUCUUAUCCGAGAGGUCCAUAUUUUUUCAAGAAUAGAGAAUACUUUAUCAUAACCUAUGAAUCGGACAAGGACGCCAUUCGUGAAUUGGUACCAGAGCCUUUGGUACCCAAUGAAAAGAAUCAAGUCUUGUAUGAAUGGAUCAAUAUGCCUGACUCUUCAGGCUUUGGUAGCUAUUCGGAGAGUGGUAUAGUUAUUCCUUGCUUGUACAAUGGUCAGCCAGUGAAUUUGACGUUACAAAUGUAUUUGGAUAUAGAGCCUCCAAUUGCAGCAGGAAGAGAGAUUUGGGGAUUUCCAAAGAAACAUGCUCAUCCCGAAAUGAAAGCUGUCCAAGACACAGUGGUGGGUGUCAUGAACUAUAAAGGAGAAACUGUUGCUACAGGAACUAUGGCAUACAAGCACACAGAGAUGGAUCCUGAACCAGUUCUUGCAUCUCUUGGAAAAACUAAUGUGAAUUUGAAAGUUAUUCCUGAUGUUGAUUUUAAGCCAAAAAUUGCUCAAAUUGUCUCUUACAAUUUGCAAGUGAAGAAGCUGCAUUUUGCCUAUGAAGGACCUGCUCGGUUGCACUUGAUUGAAAACGUAAAUGCACCAGUCGCCGAUUUGCCAGUCAAGAAAAUUGUGCAAGGAAAGCAUAUUAUGGCAGAUAUUCUUUUACCUUAUGGAAAUGUUUUGCAUGAUUAUUUGAAUCCUACACCUGAAAACAAGUUGUGGUCGCAGAAAUUCGAAGAGCAAUAUUGCCAAUCGGGACAAAAACGAUCAGCCUUUACAGAACAACGUAUUAAGGAGGAAUGUUUGGCAAUGCCAGUCACAUGCCCUUCUUACAAACCUUCUGCUUCAAAGCUCCAGAACAGAGAGUACAUGGUUAUUAAAUAUCAAACUGACAGAGAAAAGUUGCUUGAGAAAAUUCCUGAUCAAUUAUUCCCAAAUGACGACAAUAUUGUCAUCUUGGAAUUUGUGAAAACACAAGGAACUGGUAUAGGUAGCUAUGAUAAGGUAGACGUUAUCAUUCCAUGUACUGACUUGUUUGGAAAUGCUGUACAUUUUAAUGCCAUGAGCUUCCUCAAUUCAUCUUCUCCCAUCACGUACGGUCGAGAAUGUUUAGGCUUCCCUCAAAAGUUCUCUGACUCGGUAUCUUUUGCGGCUCAUCAUGAUACCAUCAAGGGUACUCUUAACUAUAAUGGUAUCCGAGUUGCGACUGGAACAAUGUCCUACAAGCACGAGCAUAUGCCAGUAGAGGAUGUUGUUAGCUUCCUCUCUACACCACAGUAUUACUUGAAAUUUAUUCCUGAUGUUCGUGGCUUACCAACGGUGGCCCAACUCGUUAGGAUGGAACAUGCCAAUGUUAAAGUUUCAAGUGCUUGGAAAGGACAAGCAAAACUAAGCUUGUCUGAUCAUGUCAAUGCACCAAUCAAUGAUUUACCAGUGAGAAAUGUUGUGAGCGGUUUCAACUUUAUUUGUGACAUGAUUAUGCCAGCAGGCCGUGUGGUUCAUGAUUACCUCUCCAUGUAA